UAUCUUUCAUCAGAGAGAUGAAACCUUACUUAUAUAAAGACCACUUCAUUGGACUCUCCAAAAUUCAGAAGAUCAAAAGAAAUCCUUGGUAUUUUUUUCAUUCCACGAGUUUGCUAAUUGGUGUUGAUCAACUUCUUCUUUUCAGUGUUCUUGGGUUUGUUUCAGACUACAUAAACAUAAUCAUGGUGAUGGUUUGUAUUCUAUGUGAUGGUGCCUUGAAAGUUGGAGUUGGUAAUGCCAUUUUCUCUGCAGAAUGCUCACAUUCCUUUCAUUUCAACUGCAUUGCUUCUUAUGUGAAGUAUGGAAACCGCAUUUGCCCAACUUGUGAUGCUAAAUGGAAGGAUAUUCCUUUCACUGGCCCUCCAAAUCCUACCGUUGGACAGGCAACAAUUGUCCCAUCUCAACUUAAUUCCACACCACGGCAACGUUUUCCUCUGCGGACAAAAUUCCUAUCUUCUGAGCCAUCUGUCUUCAGUGACGAUGAUCCCUUAGACAUGCACUCCAGUUUAGCCUCUAAUGACAUUUCUAUCGUCAGGUUCAUAGAUAUCAAUACACACACUGAAUUCCCAGCUAUCCAGCGAUCAAUUUCGCAAGAAAAAUUCCAUAUACUGAUCAAUCUCAAAGCUCAUGUUACUGAUAAAAAUCAAGUUCAUAGUCAUAUGUCCCAAACUUCUCGUGCACCAAUUGACCUCGUCACGGUUCUCGAUAUAAGUGGUAGCAUGAAAGGUACAAAAAUUCAGUUGUUAAAGCGAGCCAUGGGGUUUGUGAUAGACAACCUUGGUCCUUCUGACAGAUUGUCUGUAAUUAGCUUCUCAUCUAAUGCCCGUCGCCUCUUCCCCCUUCUACUCAUGACUGGUUCUGGUAAGCAACAUGCACUACAAGCUGUGAAUUCUUUGGUUGCUGAUGGUGAGACAGUCAUUGUUGGAGGACUAAAGAAGGGCGCAAAGGUCAUUGAAGAUCGGAAAUACAAAAAUCCAGUUUGUAGUAUCAUGCUAUUAUCAGAUGGGCAAGACUCGUUCUCGAAAAGAAUCAACCUUAAAGACAUUUCAAGGUUGCAAAUUCCAGUUCAUACAUUUGGAUUUGGUGCAGAUCAUGACCCCAACAUGUUGCACUCGAUUGCGGAGGGUUCUAAGGGAACUUUUUCUUUUAUUGAAGCUGAGGGAUUAAUACAAGAUGCAUUUGCUCAGUGUAUCGGUGGUCUCCUCAGUGUAGUUGUGCAAGAUUUGCAAGUACAUGUCCACUCGCUUGACCCUUGUGUUUGUCUUAGUCAACUAAAAGCAGGGAGUUAUUCCGCCUACCUGACAGGUGAUAACCAAACAGGAUCUGUCGACAUUGGGGAUAUGUAUGCAGAUGAAGAGAGGGAUUUUCUCGUUCUGGUUAACAUUCCAGUUGUAACUAAUGGAAAUUCCAAUGACCAGAUGAAGUUGGUUAGUGUGUGGUGUGAUUACAAAGAUCCUUUUACUAAAGAAUCUGUUACUACUGAAGCUGUUGAAGUGAAACUUCAGAGACCCGAAAUGGUUAAUGAAGAUAUGGUUGUUUCUAUAGAGGUUGAUAGGCAGAAGAACAGGUUGCAGGUUGCCGAGGCAUUGAGUAAAUCACGUGCUGCUGCUGAGAGAGGUGAUCUGGCCACCGCGAUGUCUAUAAUUGAUAGUUGUAGGAUGCAGAUGUCAGACACUGCCUCUAUGCAUGCUGGUGACAGAUUUUCUCAUGAAUUAGAUUUAGAGCUCCAAGAGGUGAGAUCGAGGAUGGAAACCAGGAAAAUUUAUGAGUCAACAGGAAGGGGAUUUCUACUUUCCGGAAUGAUUUCGCAUUCGAGGCAACUGGCUACAGCUCGAGGAGAUUCUAUUGAGAGUAGUUCAAGCUUCAGUCAGGCUUACCAGACAACUUCCAUGAGCAACAUGGUUCUUCUAUCUCGUCAGUCUCUUCGAGAUGUCCCUCCUCCCAACAGUUCAGACCAACAAUAAUAGUUCAACAAUAAACUGCUUUACGUUGCAAUUUUCUUUAGUUUUACAGAUUUUACUUCUCUGGAUGGAUCCAUUAGUGGGAUUCUUAUUUUAUGGAACGCUUAUUUCAAAAUGGAACCGUUAUUUUUUCUUUUUAAGUUCUGAAAAUUUAUUAAUGUGCAAGGAUUGAAGUGUUUUAGAGUAAAAGAGUUUACCUUCUUUUUUAUUUUA